AGACACAUUCCUUUUUCAUUUUGUUUUCCCCUCUUUGUGUGUGUGUAAUAAUUAGUUUUGUAGUUAUUAUAAUCAUGUCAGAACAAAUGGAGGUUACUACUACAGAAACCAGUAUUGCAAAACCACUUACAAAUGGUGAACCUUGUGAAGAACAGAAGUCGGGCAAGUUUUGUUGGCGAUGUCAAAAGGAAAUGCAUGGACUUACUACAUACAAGCCAGAGGAAAUGACUUCCCAAGAUUAUUAUUUUGAUUCCUAUGCCCAUUUUGGGAUUCAUGAGGAGAUGCUGAAAGAUGAAGUUCGCACCAUGACAUACCGCAAUGCAAUGUACCAUAAUAAGCAUCUAUUUCGCGGGAAAACAGUUUUAGACAUUGGAUGUGGAACAGGAAUUUUGUGCAUGUUUGCUGCAAAAGCCGGUGCCUCUAAAGUUUUCGGAAUUGAAUGUUCUAGUAUAGUUGAACAUGCUGAGCAAAUUGUAAAAGAUAAUCAUUUGGACAAUGUUGUAACAAUUGUGAAAGGCAAAGUUGAAGAAGUUGAAUUGCCCGGUGUUGAAAAAGUUGACAUCAUAAUUUCUGAAUGGAUGGGCUACUGUUUGUUUUACGAGUCAAUGCUUGAAACUGUUCUUUAUGCAAGAGAUAAGUGGCUGGACAAACCUGAUGGCAUGUUAUUCCCUGAUAGAGCCACUUUAUAUGUUUGUGGCAUUGAAGAUAGACAGUACAAAGAUGAAAAAAUUUCUUGGUGGGACAGUGUUUAUGGCUUCAACAUGAGUUGCAUACGUAAAGUUGCUGUUACCGAGCCUCUUGUUGAUGUAGUUGAUCCUAAACAAGUUGUAACUACAAGUUGUCUUUUGAAAGAAAUAGAUCUCUACACUGUUAAACCUGAAGAUUUGUCAUUUAAAUCACCAUUUUUUGUCACUGUUCAAAGAGAUGAUUACGUACAAGCUUUUGUUACAUUUUUCAACGUGGAAUUUACUAAGUGUCACAAACGAAUUGGAUUCUCAACAGCACCUGGAGCUCCUUAUACACAUUGGAAACAAACAGUAUUUUACUUAAAUGAUUACUUGACUGUAAAGAAAGGCGAAGAGAUCUAUGGUGUGUUUGGAAUGCAGCCCAACCAAAAGAAUAAACGUGACCUUGACUUUUCAGUUGAUGUUGACUUCAAAGGAGAUCUUUCUGAGCUUUGUGGGAGCUUUGAUUAUCGUAUGCGAUAAAUGUUUUGUGAAGUUUUAUUUGAUGUUCAUCAUCAAGUCUUUCAUAUUUUUCAUUUGUCACUGUUCUUAUUUUGUGAUGUCUUCCUGAAGUAAUUUUGCAUUGACAUGCAAUUAUUACUGAUGUGUUCAAGUCAUAGUUACAUCUACCUUACAACAAUUACAUUUUAGUCAACAUUUGUUAUAUGUUUGAUAACUUUACAUAUGUUGAUGUAGUGUAAAUAAAACUGUUUUCACUUUCAGAAA